AUGACUCUCGCACAAUCGGCUCAGCCGGCCGGAUUCAAAGAAGUCUCGUUCGAACAAGAAGUGUCGCUGGCCUUCGACAAGGUCUCAUUCGACAAAGAAGUCUCGUUCGACCCCACAUCCAUCGCAUUCGACACAAACGACACCACCACAGCAAUAACCAACACAAAACCCAUGGAUAUGCCGUUGCCGCCGCCCACUAAAGCCCUCGCAUCUCUCAACCUCAACCUGGACGACAACGCCCUGGAGUCGCAACUCGGCCAGAGUCCCCCCAUCGACGCCGCAGACUACAUCCUCCCACAGUACUCGACCGCGCUCUUCCUACAGGCCCGGGUGCCGGUCAAGUUCGAGUUCACCUCGCCGUUCACGUCAUCGUCCCAGCGGGCGUGGGUCGUGUGCCUCGUGACUCUCAACUCCACCUGUCUGGAGCUCAAGCCUCUGGACGAGCCCUUCAUGAUUGCCAAGCCCACCCUUAAGAAGGAGCAGCAGCGACUCGUGAUCGCCAACAAUGAGAUUCCCCGACCUCGAACCAAGUCCAUCUCCCUCAAGCCCUCCAUUUCCAACCUCAAGCAGGUUCUCAAGCAGGACAACGGUAGCAACAGCUCGCAGCAGAUUGUCGAGAUCCCCCAGACCCCACUCGCAUUCACUCUCCAGUACGCCGUGUGCGGCCACGCUGCCGACUACACCAAGCGAGCCAACUGCCUGCGAGUGCGUGCUGAGUCCAUGCAGUUCCUCAUCCACUUUGGAUCGCCCCAUGACUGCAUCGAGUGGGCCAACGCUAUCCAGAGCGGAAUCGAUCUGGCUCUCCCUCUGGAACACCGGGAGCUGCCCAAGGUGCGGUCUCUACCGCGUCGGCGUCGAGAUCGAAGUACCGCCGGCAACGUUUCGCAGCGGCAGCGGGCCUACUCCACUGUGGCUCCUGUGCCUAGCCCUUCGAACCAGGAGACCCGAUCGCGGUCUAAGAGCACCUCUUCCAUUGCGGCAUUCAGACUGCUAGCCAACUUGCGGCGUCCUCGAGGCAACAGCACCUCUGAGGGCGCUGACCGACGAGGCAGCGCCGAUCGCGGAAGCAGCGACAGAGCCGGUGGAGAUCGAGCUAGCGCCGAUCGAUCUAGCACUGAGCGGGUGCCGGCCAACCGAGGCAACGCCUUUGUGCCCGCGACCCCUCCUCUGGACUCUCCUCUCUCGCCUCCUUCUCCUGCAUACUCGCAUUCCAACGCAUCCACGCACUCGCACAUGUCUGACGACAUGAGUGUGCACUCUACGGACUCUUUCUCGUCGGACAUGGACUCUGCCACCUCUUCGGCCACCACCAUGAGCCGGUCUUCCCACGAGCAGACCUGCAAGGAACGAUGGGACCCCGAGGUGGAGCAGAUGAGCGAGCAGGCCGAGCUCAAGUAUGCGACUCGGUGCCUGAAGCGGUUCCAGCGGUACUCGUCUUGGGUCAACAAGAUCACCAUCUGCGAGAACAAGCCCUACUUGGUGCGACAGAACUUUGUGCAGCUGGUUGCCAACGAGUGUUUGGUGACUGAGAGCUAA